AUGGCAGUCUCCAACACCAACAACACCCUGCCGUCCACAUUCUAUCUCACAGGCAUCCCUGGCUAUGAGGAAUUUCACAACUGGAUUUCCAUCCCAUUCUGCCUACUGUAUCUUGUUGGAAUAAUGGGCAACUGUACCAUUUUGCAUAUUAUCCGGACAGAUCCCAGGCUCCACGAGCCUAUGUACUACUUCCUUGCCAUGCUUUCCCUUACCGACAUGGGUAUGUCCAUGCCCACAAUGAUAUCACUCUUCAGGGUGUUGUGGUCCAUUUCCAGAGAGAUACAGUUUAAUAUCUGUGUGGUCCAAAUGUUUUUCAUUCACACUUUCUCCUUCACUGAAUCAUCUGUGCUCUUGGCCAUGGCCCUUGAUCGGUAUGUGGCCAUCUGCCACCCUCUGCGAUAUGCCACCAUUCUUACCCCAAGACUCAUCACCAAGAUUGGAAUUGUAGCCCUGCUCAGGAGUGCCUUUGCCAUGAUUCCACCUCUGGCCCGGUUGGCCUACUUUCCUUUCUGCCACUCCCACGUCCUUUCUCAUUCCUACUGUCUACACCAGGACAUGAUCCGCCUUGCCUGUGCUGACACCAAGUUUAAUGUUGUAUAUGGAUUGGUUCUGAUCACUGUGCUGUGGGGUAUGGACUCUCUGGGUAUUUUUGUGUCUUAUGUUUUUAUCCUUAGCUCGGUGUUGAGAAUUGCAUCCCGUGAGGGUAGGCUUAAAGCCCUCAACACAUGUGCGUCUCACAUCUGUGCUGUACUCAUUCUAUAUGUACCCAUGAUUGGACUGUCUAUUGUCCAUCGUUUCGCCAAACACUCUUCUCCUCUCAUUCACUUCUUCAUGGCACACAUCUAUUUAUUGAUUCCACCUGUGCUCAACCCAAUCAUCUACAGUGUGAAGACCAAGCAGAUCCGCCAGGGAGUCCUCCAUAUUCUUUCUCCCAAAAAACAUUAG